AUGACGGCAGCUCCCCUCACUGGCGGCACGGACUCCCGCGAGGACGAUGCCGACUCGCAUCGUGCUCUAGUCACCGAUGGCUUUGACCUGCCGCCCGAUCUUGGCGGGCAUUCAGAAGCGCCGCCGGCUUACAGCGAGCAGUACGAUCAGAUCCAGCUUGAACAAUCCGGGUUUGCCGCUGGUGCUGUCGUAACAGGCGAUGGCAGAGUCAACAUCAACAUCAACCAGACAAGUCGCAAAUUCUCCGACUUGCUGACACCCGCCCUGCAAUCGCAAGUCUACCCGCCUGAAAAGACUGCUAUUCAGUCCCUGCCACCGCCAUAUAUCCCACCCAGCCUAGGUGGGCGGCCUGGCCAGACUCCGCCGCCAAAGUUGAAUGUAGUCAUUCAGAUUGUUGGCUCCAGAGGUGACGUACAGCCCUUUGUGGCACUCGGCAAAGUCUUGCAAGAGACCUAUGGCCACCGUGUACGGCUGGCGACUCACGCAACGUUCCAGAAGUUUGUUGAAGAGAAUGGCCUCGAGUUCUUCAGCAUCGGCGGCGACCCUGCCGAGCUCAUGGCCUUCAUGGUCAAGAACCCAGGUCUGAUGCCCGGCUUCGACGCCCUGAAGAGUGGAGAGGUCACCAAGCGUCGAACAGGUAUCGAGCAGAUCAUUCUGGGAUGCUGGCGGUCCUGCUUCGAGACGGGCACGGGUCUUGGCCCACCGCCAAAGCCUCACAAGAGGAACGAGCCGCUGGAUGAGAGGAGCUUCACAUUGCCGACGACGACAGAUGAUCGACCGUUCGUGGCGGAUGUGAUCAUCGCAAACCCGCCCAGCUUCGCGCACAUUCAUAUUGCCGAGAAGCUGGGCAUUCCGCUGCACAUGAUGUUCACCAUGCCUUGGUCGCCCACGCGGGCAUUCCCACACCCGCUGGCCAAUAUUCAAUCCACCAACACCGAUGUGGUCAUGACAAACUUUGUUUCGUACGCCAUGGUCGAGAUGAUGACAUGGCAAGGUCUGGGAGAUGUCAUCAACCGCUUUCGGACCAACGUCCUCGACUUGGAGCCGAUGUCGCUGAUCUGGGCGCCUGGCAUCCUGAGCAGGCUGCACGUUCCCACCACAUACUGCUGGUCACCCGCAUUGAUUCCGAAGCCAAACGACUGGAGCCGCGAGAUUUCUAUCGCUGGCUUCUACUUCCUCAAUCUGGCCUCCAACUACACACCCGAGCCUGACCUGGCAGCUUUCCUCGCCGCUGGACCACCGCCUGUCUACAUCGGCUUCGGUUCCAUCGUUGUCGAAGACCCGAACAAGCUGACUCGGAUGAUCUUUGACGCGAUCCAAGCCACUGGAGUCAGAGCGCUUGUGUCCAAAGGUUGGGGCGGUAUCGGUGCUGAUUCUGUGGGCAUUCCCGAUGGCGUCUUUAUGCUGGGCAAUUGCCCUCACGACUGGCUGUUUCAACACGUCUCGGCGGUUGUCCACCAUGGCGGCGCGGGCACGAGUGCUGCGGGCAUCAAGCUCGGCAAGCCCACAGUCGUGGUGCCCUUCUUUGGAGACCAGCCGUUCUGGGGCGCUAUGAUUGCGCGGGCAGGCGCCGGUCCCAACCCGAUACCCUAUGCAGAACUUACGGCAGAGAAGCUUGCAGGCGCCAUCCAAGAGUGCCUCAAGCCCGAGAUUCAGGCAAAGGCACAGGAGCUUGGAGAGAAGAUUAGGGAGGAGAAGGGGACGGAUGUGGGGGGCAAGAGUUUCCACGAGUUCCUGGACCUCGAAGCCAUGAGGUGCUCGAUCGCACCAAGUAGAGUGGCUGUCUGGCGGGUCCGGAGAACUCAGAUUCGACUGAGCGCGCUGGCUGCUGCCGUUUUGGUGAAGGAGAAGCUGAUCAAAUACACGGAUCUGAAGCCCUAUCGCUCGAAGGAACACAACACGGACGAACAGCCCUGGGACCCGAUCUCGGCCGUCACCGCGGCGCUCAUUGGAGACGUGGGGAGUAUUUCAAUGGCCAUCGCAGACUUCCCUCGAGAGAUGUUCAAGAGAAGCGUGGCGAUGAAGGACGAAUGCAAGUCCAAAGGCUCUUCCUCUUCUACGGCCCGUGAGCCUGCGUCGGCCGUCACCUCAGAGACUGCCUCUGUUGACAAUGCCGCGAUGUCUGGUGCUCUCCCCCGUUCGGACAGCGUUAGCGUCUCGGAUGGAGCCAGCCUAUCCACGCAUCAGUCUCAUCCUUCUCUAACUAUCAGUGCUCCUGAGCACGUUUCCGUUUCCGAACCAGCCUCCGCCUCCGCAGCGGCUUCCUCCGAGAACCUUACUACCACGACGAGCGCCGACCGACCUCUUACGCCUUCGUCUCUAAAGGGCAAGUUGCCGAGUCGCAGUACUUCCCCGAACCCCGGCCCCUCUGGCCUGAACCUCGAGAAUGCCCUUGAUGCUAGCAAAGGCGUGGGCAGGAUCGUCACCACUGGAGUCAGGAGUCCUCUUAACUUCUGUAUGGGCCUCGCACGCGGCUUCCGGAACGCGCCAAAGCUGUAUAACGAUGACACCGUCCGGCCUCCGGAAAAGGUCACGGAUCUUGCCAGUGGGCUCAAGCUUGCGGGCAAGGAAUUUGGCCUGGGGCUGUACGACGGCAUAUCCGGCCUUGUGACACAACCAAUUCGCGGUGCUGAGAAGGAGGGCGCGGCAGGCCUCAUCAAAGGCUUCGGGAAAGGUAUUGGCGGAUUGGUGUUCAAACCUGCUGCUGGGUUCUGGUCUCUUCCGGCCUACGCCAUGAAAGGCGUGGACGCCCAGAUCAGGAGCUUCUUCAGCAAGAGUGUGCUCAACUACAUCAUAACCUCGCGAGCUUUGCAGGGAAUGGAGGAGCUGCAGUCUGCAACGGAAGAAGAGCAGCAGGACAUUGUCGCACGAUGGGGCGUCAGGAGGAAGGAGCUGAAAGGCUUCUACCACCUCAAGCAGAAGGAGAAGGGCAAGGGCAAGGCAAAAGAGAACGAUCAGGGAGACGACAGCAGCGUGACUCCUCCGGCUACACCUUUCAGUCCAGAUGACGCGGGCACAGCUACAUCACCGCAGGGCAGAACAAGCUGGUUCCAUACCCGCAACAUGUCAUUCGACGAACGCAGGAUAGGGCACUCUAUGCGAGAAGCAUGGAGGGCUCGAAGGUCGGGGACGUCUUCGCCCACUCGUAGCCACCACCGAACCGGGAGUUUCUACACUGCCGACGAGCACGACGAGUUUGAGAAGGCCAUCAGAGACUCGGUCCGACAGACUUCGAGGGGCAACCCCGAAGAGGACGCCAGGGUGGAGGAAGCAAUCCGUGCGAGUGUCCUGCAGAUGCAGCGAAUCGCGGAGACGAGCACAAUCGGUAGCAGCCGGCCAUCGACUCGGGACGACUUCACCCUGUAUAGUGCCCCUAGUACGGCCACUUCUGUCAGCGAGCUGCCCACGCACGCCCAGGUCGUUGCCGAGUUGCCAACUCCCGAGCAGCUCAAGCGUGGUCCCGAGCCAGUGACUGGUGAUAUCACGGACGAGGAGUACCAGGCCCUCAUCGAAGAGGCCGUACGGAGGAGCGUGAUGGAGAACACGGCUCAGGGCCGCGGAAGAGAUGAUGACGAUGGCGCGGACAAUGAGCAACUGCGCCGAGCGAUGGAGGAGUCGGGCCGACACCAGGCCACUCGGGGACACGAGGACGACGAGGCGCUCCGACGGGCGAUCGCAGAGUCGCAGAAACACCACCAGCAAGCCAGCGCAGCCGGCGCCGAGGCCGACGAGGAGCUGAAGCGGGCCCUGGCCGAGUCGGAGAAGGUGCACAAGGAGCGGGAGCGGGAGCGGACCGAGGAGGAGAUCGUGCUCGAGUACAUCAAGAAACAGAGCUUGGCUGAGGAGGAGCACCGCCAGAGGCUGGAGAAGGCGAAGGGGAAGAUGGCCAGCAAGAGCGGCGACGGCGACGACGGCGAGGAGGAGGAGCUCAGGCGGGCGAUGGAGGAGAGUCUGAAAACGAAACUUGGGGGAGGUGGAGGUGGUGGCGGUAGUGGAGGAGAGGGAAGUGGUGGCGGCGCCGGCGGUAGCGGCGGAGGGUCCUCUAUGUUUCACCCGGCCGGCCGGGCUGAGCUUCCUUGA